GGACUCGGCCAUCAAAGGAGAGGGGUUGAAAUGAUGAGCAGGUUGGCAGGGUUUUUGAUGGUGAGAAAGGAGGGGAGAACACCACAAAAUUGGCUUUAUGCUCAUAGAAGCCUUGGAUGUGAAGGGGAUAGGGAUCAGUUAAUUGGAACUGAGCGGUUCUGGCUUACCUAAAGGCAAACUAAGCACAUUCCUAAGCAUUAGUGAAGCAGGGGCAUUAGAAAUCUUUCCCAAAAAAUCUGGUAGUUGAAAUUUCAAGCACACAUCAGAGAAGUCAUCAUGAAAGUGGGGGGAUGAGAACUUCGCUGGACUUCCUUGGAGGUGUGUUAUGAAUUGGUCCUGUUUCUAUUUUGAUUCGGGUGGUCGGGGAGACAUUAUAGCCUCUUCUGUCGCUGGGCUCUCUGGAGGUCUGCAUCUGGCCCUGGGCUGGAAUCUCAUCCAAUCAGCUACGAGUCGGUCCUGCAUUCCGUGGCUCUCCGGCCAGCAGGUUCGUGCAGUGCUGAAACAGUUAACAGGACUCCUCGAAGCACCUCAUCCGCACCCGCUGGGACUAACUCACUCAGCUGAGAAGGCUUAGGGCUUGGUUCUGAGGCUGUCUCCAGACACCCAACUCACUUUAAUAAUAAGAUUGUUUACCAGCUGGCACCACACAUAGCAAGCAUCUCGGCCAUCUCCUGAAAACCCCAGGAGGGAAAAACCAAGACCAGGGUUGGCUGACGGAGUCCCCAAGGUCAUAGUCGCUGGCGAAAGGUGGAGUCGGCUCCCUCCUGGAGUUUGCACCAACUGUAGACGUGGGGUGGAGUUUUAUAAACUGCAACCUGUUGCUUGGUCUCAGAGGGCUGGUCCACCACCCACAUGAGCGAGGGAGGGGGUCCCCCUGCAGGUGGAUCCAAGUAACUGCCGCUCCCUCUGCCCUCUCUCCAGGGGGGGGCCAGUAUUUCCCCAGGGUCUCCUCCCUGGCUGGGGAGAUGCUCCAGUGCCUGCCUUUGGAAGGCGAGGAAGGGACGGACUCAGAAGAGAGGGAGGACAGUACCAUAGAAGAUCCGAAAGAAAUCGUCACCCUCGCUUUUGUCAGACAGAACACUGGGAUGCAAAAGGGGCUUCAGAAUGCCCAGCAGGAAGGCAAGAAGAAGAGGAAGAAAAAGAGAUGAUUGGUGAUCAAUCUAUCCAGCUGCCGAUAUGAGAGUGUGCGCAGGGCUGCUCAACAGUACGGGCUUCGAGAGGGAGCGGAAAAUGAGGACUGGACUCUCUGCUGGACAGACUACUCCGUGUCGCUAGAGCGAGUGACGGAAAUGAAAAGUUAUCAGAAAAUCAAUCACUUCCCGGGCAUGAGUGAAAUCUGUCGCAAGGACUUGCUGGCCCGGAACAUGAGCCGCAUGUUAAAGAUGUUCCCCAAAGAUUUCCACUUUUUCCCUAGGACCUGGUGUCUUCCUGCUGACUGGGGAGAUUUGCAGAAUUACAGCAGGUCAAGAAAAAAUAGGACAUACAUUUGUAAGCCGGAUUCGGGCUGCCAAGGGAGAGGUAUAUUCAUCACCCGGACGGUGAAAGAAAUCAAACCAGGGGAGGAUAUGAUCUGUCAGCUCUAUAUUUCAAAGCCCUUCAUCAUUGAUGGCUUCAAGUUUGACCUACGGAUUUAUGUGCUGAUGACGUCCUGUGACCCCCUCAGAAUUUUUGCGUACAAUGAAGGACUGGCCCGCUUCGCCACGACCUCUUACUCCCUCCCUUGCACAGACAACCUGGAGGAUGUCUGCAUGCACCUGACUAAUUAUUCCAUCAACAAGCACAGUUCCAAUUUCAUUCGAGAUGCUCACUCUGGCAGCAAGAGGAAGCUCUCCACCUUCAACCUGUACAUGGAGAGCCAUGGCUACAACGUGCAGCAGAUAUGGAGAGAUAUUGAGGACGUCAUCAUCAAGACGAUCAUCUCGGCCCACCCCAUCAUCAAGCAUAACUACCAAACGUGCUUCCCCAACCACACCCUCAACAGCGCCUGCUUUGAAAUCUUGGGCUUCGACGUUUUGUUGGACCACAAACUCAAGCCCUGGCUGCUGGAGGUCAACCACUCCCCAAGCUUCUCCACCGACUCCUGCUUGGACAGAGAGGUGAAGGACAGUCUGCUGUAUGACACCUUGGUUCUGAUCAACUUGGGAAGCUGUGACAAAAAGAAAGUCUUGGAGGAGGAGAGACAACGGGGGCGGUUCCUGCAGCAAUGUCGUUCUCGGGAGACCAGGAUCGAGGAAGUCAAGGGUUUUCAGGCCUUGCGUCUAGAGAAAACUGAGAAAUACGAGAAGGCAAACUGUGGAGGGUUCCGCCUGAUUUACCCCAGUCCGAAUUCGGAGAAGUACGAGAAGUUUUUCCAGGACAACAGCUCCCUCUUCCAGAACACUGUCGCCUCGCGGGCUCGGGAGCUGUACGCCCGGCAGCUGAUCCAGGAGCUGAGACUAAAAGAGGAGAAAAAAUCCCUCCAAACGAAAGAGAAGACAGCAGAGAUGCAGGGGGAAUCAUCAGGCGAGCCAGCGAGAGGCAAGAGCGGGAGGAACUGGCCACAGAAACAACAGCAGAAAUGCAAAGCCGCCACAACCCACGCCUCCAAACAAUACCUCCAGCCAUUGACAGUAGUGUCCUGCACGCCUGACUUGCUCUUGACUGUCAGGGAUGCAAAGAAAAAUGAGACAGACAGCAGCCUUGACCAGCAGGCCCCCAAGAAGGAGGCUGACACUGUUCCCCACAAGCCUACCUCUGCGAGGCCUUACAGCUCUGCACCCGACCUGAGCAAUGCAAGCCUCAUCAGCUGCUCCAGGCUGGAGCUCAGUGAACCCAUCUCCACAGUUAAGGAAGCCAAGUCUGCAGUGAACAUAUUCACGGCCACCGGGCCUCUAACCUCAGUAGAAACCUCCCCAGAAUCCACUACCCAGGUCUCAGACUCUCCUGAGUCUCUGCUAAGCGUGACCGUGACAACAAGCUCUGAAUGCAGUAGCCCAGAGAUGGACAGGCUGGUCUCCUUUAAAUACAAGCAGCAUCAAAUCUCCCAGCACCUCAUCCAGGGGAAAAUAUCAAAAGUUUCUCUGCCUACAAAAUCCCAGAGCUUCUUGGAGAGUCUGAACCCAACCUGGACUUUGCUAAAGAAUACCAUGAAGAAGGAGCAUCUGAUGUCAGAGCUGUGCACCAAGAUGCGACUGAGGGAGAAGCUCUCCUUGCUCCCAGCUCACCACAGUCCAAAGCUGAGUAACCAGUCACAACACCCCUCCCUCACCCAGGAGUGCUACUUCCACAGGCGAAGCUCUGGCAAGAAGAGGCAGCUGGACGUCUCCUCCCUCCUCCUGUUGCAGAGUUCUCACGGCCAAGAUGUUUCUCCGAAUGAUCUGCUGGUGGUGGCCACUCCAGCCCGCCUGGAUCCAAGGCCCGGCCGAAGCCAUACAGGUGCUAUGAGGGACCUGUGUAGACAGAAUCAGGAAGCAUACCGUCACUGCCUGAUCUCUGGCCAAAAAGGAUGUGAGAGGAAGUAGGUAGGCCCACCCACAUUCCCUUAAUGUUUCGGGUGCCUUGGCAGGCGCUAUGUGUAUAUAUUUAUGGAAUGUUGGGUAGGCACAUGGAUGGAUGGAUCGAUGACAACAUAAAGGUAAGUAGACAGUUAAGACUAACCUCAGUCAAGACGUGACCCCUUUGCAAUGUCUAUUUCUGCUGUGACUGAUCUGUCCCCACUGCUUAAGUGCACUCUGCCUUGUCUUCCACUGAUGGCUAAAAUUAAGACAGUCAUAACUGAUGAUCCCAGAAGUAGAACCAUGUCAACCAUGAGGGAUUGAUUUCCACACCUUUCAUGCUGUGCCCGCCUGGCCUAGGUCCAGGUCACUUGUCCCCAAAGCUGGCCCUGUCAAGGCGUAUACUGAGGGGGCAGAACAACAGGACAGUGGAGGCUGAGAAGAUUUGGAAACAAAGGACUUGAAGCUUUGACUCCACUCUGUGAAAGGCCCAAAGAGAUAGCAAGGAGCCCUCUGUCAGAACUUGAGUGCUUCUGAGGAAGGUGGGUGUAAAAUUUAGGAGAGCUCUACACGUAGCCUCAUGUAUAGUAGAGGGAUUUGUGAUGUUUAGCUGCCUAAAGAAGAAGGCUAUACAGUUUAACCAUCUCCCUUGCUCCUGCCACCUAAAGCAGACUGUGACCAGACAGUCUGACCUGGCCCCCUCGAGAGCAGUGGCUCACACCGCAGGAGGGCCAGCGAGGAAACAUCAGCCUAUAGGUACCACUUUGGGUGAUGAAUGCAUAUUCAGCAUAAAAAUGCAUAUUCCAAGGCCUGCGCCCAGAAAUUCCCAUUCAGUAGGCCUGCGGCGGGUGGGGCAGGAAUCUGCAUUUUAAGAAGCUCCUCUAGGUUAUUCUGAUGGUCUUCUCACCACCCUUAGAGAAAAACUGGGCCUGGUGUUUCCCAAACUUCCCUGAUGGUAUAAAUCAUGUGGGGGCCCUUGUUAAGCCUUUGGUUUCCUAGGCCACACCCCUGGAAAUUCUGACACAAGAGGUUUGGGAUGGAGCCCUGGGAAUUUGUCUUUUGCGUAAGUCUCUCCAGUGUGGUAGCGAGCGCUGCCCUCCGUCGCCACUCAGGCCUGGGCAGAGGGAUCUGUGACAGCCAGGCCUGGCGUGUGGGCCUGUUUUUGGAACAAAACUCCCCGAUCUUUACGGAGCUCAAACCCACUCGCACUAUCUUUGGUUCAUUAUUUUCCAGUACUGGAAUUUUAAGUAAAGAUAGGGUUACCUAAUUAUUUCUAUUUAUGCUCGUACUGUUAAAAGAAGGGAGGUCAUGUAGCAGCUUACAGUGACAAUUUGGAUUCAGUAUGACUGUUAAAAUGAAGUUGUAAUGAUCAGAAGCCACACAGAGAAAGGGAGGAGAUAAUUAUGUUAAGAGGGUGUGAUCCAGUGCUUCCUGCAUUGACCACUGAAUUUGGCUCUGAACCUCUUAGCAGAAAGGGCCAAACACAGCAUUCUGUUUUGAUCUUUUUUGUCUCCCCAGUCAGAACAGAAACUCCCUAAGGACACAGACUAUGUCUCCACCAUCAAACUAGGGUCUCCAUGGAGUCAGGGCCUUCAUUCCCGCCCCUUCCCCCAACUCCCAACCCAGACCAGGCACUCCUCAAAGAUUGGGACUGGUUCUGUUGGUUACUCCAUCCCCUGAGCUCUCGGCACAUCCCUGUAUGUGCUGGCACUCGUGAGUGGCUACUCAGCACCAGCUUUGGGUUGUAGCGAGCUGGGAGUGAGGAGAGCUUCUCCCUCAGAUGCAUCUUGGUCUGACAUGAGACGCCUCUUCUUUGUGUCAUUGUUUAGCAAAGUCCACUUUAGAUUCAGACUCCCUGAGAAACUCUGGGAUUUUUGUAGGCAGAGUUUUUGAUAUUUCCUCCUAAAGGAGUAAAGAUAAGUUUACUCACCUAGCAAACACAUAGGUCUUUAGGACGUACUUCUUUCCCUGGCUCUAAUUUCUAAGAGGGGUUUGUCAUGUGGUCAUUAUAGACUUUUACUACCAUAGCGGACAAUGACUGAAGGCACUGACAUGUUUUUUUAAUGAAUUUUAACGAAGGUAAUAAUUAUACUUUUUUGGUAGCCUACCAUAUAGGUGCCAGCACUCUUCUCGAUAUGUGUUUUAUUUAAUUUCCUUCCAAUCACAAUUGUGCACUUUAGAAAAGAAAAAAACCUAAGGACCAAAGCGCAUAAGGUUUAACAUUCAGGAGGUCCCACGGCUUUCAAGUGGGGGAGCAAAGAUCUGAGUCAGAUGUUUCUGAUUCCCAAGCCCCAAGCUCUUAAAGCCACACUAUCUUUCUUUCAAAUGGCGUUUUUAAUACUAGUCUUCAGUUAGAGCUGAGGGCAUAAUAAAUGGCUCUUUGCUGAAGGCAUUUCCGCAGGUAGCAGAGAUGGCCAAGACUAAGCAGGGCCUCCUAGAUUUUCCUGUGGAGCCACCAGAUCUCAGAGCAGGCCCUCUGCUUUUAGGUAAAAUAAUGGCUUCUAAAAAUUCCCGACUAAUCAGACCAUAAUGGACUACACAUACAAGGCAAACUAGCCAAAGUCUAAUUAUGUGCAGCUGAAUGCCUGUCUAUUAACACACUGAUUUACAAAUGUGGCGUGGGAAUAGGGCUUCUGCAUAAUACGUAGUGUUUGAAUGAAACAAGGAAAGAGCAGAGGUCCAAAUUACUUGGGAGGUGUAAUAAUAACGCCUUCCAUGCAUCAAGUUUACGUACCAUAUCUCUUGUAAUCCUCAGGUCCACGCUGUGAGGUUGGCAGGGCAGAUAUUAUUAUCUUAUCAUCAGUUUGCAGGUGAAGAGAAUCAAGGUUUGGGGACAGUAGAUGACUGGUACAACCUCACACGAGUAAUGGGCUCUGGACAAAGAGCCCGAUGUUUCUUCCUCUGUACCACUCUGCCAUGAACUUAGAGCCUGUCCUGACCCAUGUGAGGAAUGGAGCCCUGACAAAUUCCUCCAUCUUCCUGCUUAAAUCACUAUAAUCUCAUCAUCUUUCCUCUGGGUCUACUUUCACAGUGGGUCGGUCACUGAGACCAGGGUUUCAGAUCCGUGAAAAGUUAGGUUUAAGGGAUAAAUGGCCCAUUUUGUAGGAAUUUAGUGAUAAUUAAAAACUUGCUAAAAUGGGCUGCCUGGCACCUUACUGAAUAAGUGGUAGCUGCAGUGAUAUGAUGAUGAUGGUGAUGAUAAUGAUGAUGAUGAUGAUGAUAAUACUGUGCUGAUGGUGAUGAGCCCAGCAUGGACUGGACAAGACACAUUUGCUUUCUGUGUACUAAAACCUUUGCAUACAUUAUAUCAAUCCUCAAAGCAACUCUUUGUGGUGAGUACCUUUGUUAUUCUCUUUUUUCAAAUGAGGAGACCAAGAUUUAGAGAGGUUAAGUAACUUGCCCAAGGGCACACAGACAGUGAGAACUCCUAAGCCUGUGCUCUUAACCACUACCACUUAUCUCCAGCCAGCCAUGUUGGCAACUCUUAAAUGAUCCCUAUCAAUUUGGGGGCUGUAAGGAUACAGGAAGAUGAUGCUGUGUAGGUAAACUGGGUUUCUGGUGCUAUGGAUGUGAGUCACCUGAGUAAUUCCUGACCCUCUAGAUGGGAAUGGGAAUGAUGAGUUCAUUGAUGUGAAUAUUCUAGUGGCCAUUUUAAAGGAAAAUCUAAGAAAAAUCUUUUUCUUUUUUCCAGAAUCAGACUGGAUCUCUGCCAUUUUUUCCCUUUCCACUUCUUACUCCCAGGAAAUGAUUUAUCUUUUCCUACAGUGUCUAUAAUGUCCAUAGAAUUAACUGAAAGUUUUAUUUCCUCAGCUAGAUAUCCUGAUCUUGUAAUGACCUCCCCUUAGCACCACUGAGGCCAAUAGCCUUGCCUUUUGUGUCUUCCCAGUUAGCUUACAGCGCUGUAGGACCAUGACUUCUGGGAGUUACUGGUGCUGCCCCAGGACACACCCCAUUUGCCCCACUAGUGGCAUUCCUAUGGGUUACUCAUGUGGCACCAGCAUCCAGAACUCUCCCCCAGAUACAGCAAUGUGAGGGGAGGAGCGUUCAGAGAAGGACUCAAAAUUUCCAGGAGUUCAAAGCCCUCCGUCCACCAAUAGGCUUGUGUCAGCUGGUCUUCAACUGCAAAGAGAAAAGAGAGAAAGGGCUAGGCAUGAUGGAGAACUCUGGGCCCUGAGUAAGGGAGUUGGGGCAGUUGUAACUUCACCAGGUAAAGACCACGCCUUCUCCCAGCCCAGCCACCUCAGUGCCCAAACGUCAUCCUGCUGCCUCCCUUACCAGCCCAACUCAAUCCCGCCAGCGAAGACAGAGGUGAGGUGAGAGUGUCUAGCCUGCAGGUGAUUCUUCCGUCGACCUGCAGAAAUGAUGCAUUUUCCCUUCAAGUGUACAUUAAUAAAAUAAAUCGCCAUGCUCAAUGCCGGGACAAGGAGCCUGAUCCAGAGUGAGAAUGGGACGGGGAGGGGAAGAGACAGUUCUCCCGAGAUCCCCUCGUUAAGAAAGCUCCAAAUCCACUGAAAAUGUGUCAGGAACCUUUGAAGAAUUUCUUUGGAUGAAUGGUUUACAGUGAGCCCUACCCUCUUGCUGGGAGCCCAGAGCGUCAGGUGGCCCUUUAGGGGGCGCUGUGGCUGCCGUGUCUCUGCCCAGCAUGGGCCCUGGCUAGCCUCCAGGCAUGACAUCUCACUUUGUCUGCCAGUUCAAUCUCCCCCCUCUCCAGGAAUGUAACCCAAGAUUUUUGCCUCCCUUGCCCUUCCUGAGUCAGAUCCCUGACAGAGCGCUGGAGGAGGAGUAUGGGGAAGGGGUGGAAGAAGGGUGAGGUCUGUAGUCAAGCACCUGCUUCACAAUGGUGACCCAGCUUUGCCUUAUGGAUUCCCAGAGGAAUGAAUUUCUGGCCUCAAGGAUGUCAGGGGAUUCUGGGAUGCUUGAAGAUUACAGUACCCCUCAGGCAAAAGACCUGCAGUAUGUAAGAUAUUGAAUGGAGAAGUUGGACUCAAGCCAUUUGUGUCCAACUGUAAAGCACACACGUGUACACAACACCUUCAGCUCCACCUAGGCCUGGUUUUCAAGGGCUGCUAGUGUAGGGUUCUUUUUAGUAAUUAAGUCAAGGCCCACCUGGAUGGCAGAAGAAGGAAGCCCUGGUUAUCACUGGGCAGACUAGUAAAAGCUUAACUGUCACCUCAAGUCGUCCCCCGCUACCCCUUCACUAGCCCAUUCUCGAUACCAUUUAGAAGGCUCAAAAUAGACUGAUCUGAGGCCGGUUCUCCCGUUGUCAUUAUCAGGUUGUCAUGCAUCAUAACCUGGCCCAGGCAGAAGAUGUAAGACUUGCUAAAUGGGGCUUCCCAGAAGCUCUACAGCUCUGCCUUUUCCUCCCUAGUCACCAGCUCCAGGCAGUCAAGGUUCCUGAUGAUAAAAAGGAAGUCUCUUAAUAAGGUGAAGUCAGAGUUAUUUGUCUUCCCAAGGGACAGUUUGGUACCAGCACCUUUGAUCCUAGAAACAGGUCAGCUUCAUGGACAUGCAAUCUAUGCGGUCACCAGGGCCCUGUACUUAGAAGGGCCCUGCACUUGGUUUAAUGCUCUGUUUAAUGCUCUUGAAAUUGUGAAUAAUUUUUGAACAAGGAACCCUGCAUUUUCAUUUUGCACUGGGCCUGCCAAAUGAUGUAGCCCGUCCUGCCUAGAGACUAACAGCUCUGGAUUAUCCAGGGAAAAGGCAAAACGGCAGGCAGCCUUCCUAGGCCCACCCACCUCCUGCCUCUUCACCCACAGGGCUCUGCAGAGCAACUCUCUACUGAAUGCUUGUGGGAGACAAAAAAUGCUUGUGGCAGUCCUUGCCCCCGUGGAGUGUGCAGUGCAGUAAGACAGGUCCACGAAGAACAAUCCUGAGUUAAGUGCGACUAAAAAAGUGUCAGUAGAUGAGAAGGAAAUGCCCUCACACACCCAGCUGGGAGGAUGUAGUCCACUUCAUUGGAGGAGGCGAUAUUUGAGGUGGCAGGAAAAAUAAAUAGGAUUUUUAAAAGUGGACAUGAAGUGUGGGACUGAGGUAUGGAGGCCUGGAAGAAAAUAACAACCCUGAACAUGAUCAGGAAGUAGUCUAGUCCAAUUUGGUUGGACCAGAAAGGAAAAUUGGGAGAUGACAGGGGAAAGAUAGCUUAAGAGACCAUAUUGGUGACCCCAGGGCCCUUUGUUUAAAUUGCCAUUACUGCACUCCUCAUGAUGGUGGACUCGUUUGCAUGGCUGUCUCCCCACUGGACCGUACCACAUCUUUACAUCUUUAUAUCUCCCGAGUUUAGCCUAGUGCCUCAGACAUAACAGGAAUUCAUUAAAUAUUUACUGAAUGAGUUAAUAUUGUGGAGGGUCUAAAAUGUUAUCCUGGGAAGUGUUUGCCUUGUUCAAGUGAGCAAUGGGAAACCACUGAAGGUUUUUGAAUGGGAGAGAGAUUUCAGUGUUAGAAAGAUGAAUCUGGUAGUAGAUGGUAGGAUGGAUGAUUGGCAAGGCGAGAGACUGAAGGUGGGAGAGCAUUAGGAGGCUCGGAUGAUGGCCCAGGGUCAAGCCCUUGCAGCCCCUGUUAGGAUGGCUGACUGUGGGGAGGAAAAGCAGGAGGCAGGUGAGAGAAACACUGUAGAGCUGGGACGUGGCAGCUGGACAAAUGGAGGGGAGAACGGAAAGGGAGCAAGAAAGAUGGCUUCAAAAGAACGGAGUCCCCUGAGAGAAAAUAGAAACACUGGGAAGAGGAGCUUUUGGAGGAUGGAGAUCCGGGUUCUGUUUCAUAAAGCUGCUGUAUGGAUUCCUGUCCCCAGAUGGAUUUAAAAGAGCAAUACUGAAGGAAAGGUUUCCAAACACAAAAAUGAUUUUCCUAAAGACCAAGUUGUUAAAAAUAGCCAUCUUGAUUGGGCAGGCUUUCUUGGUCCCCAGGUUCAGAACUACCUGGGCAGCUCAAACGACAUGUGGCCCCCCCCACCCCGGCCCAAAUUGGUCAGGGGUGGGGGUGUUGACCUGUAUUUAGAAAGCUCUCUCAGAGGGUUCUGAUGCAUAGCUCUGUUUGGGAGCCACUUCUGGCUCACCCCACACUGGACAGCCCCUAACACGCCUGGAACAGGCUGGGGAACUCUCCCCCAGCCUUAAAAGGCGAUUUCAGAUUCCAGUUUUCCUUCUACUCUGGCAGGGAAGGCGAGUCAGGCAGAUUGGCAGCUGUUCCAAGCGUUGUCCCCGACCCAUCCUGGGUUAUUACAUGAGCUGAAUGUAGUCAUUCAUAACUCCUGUCUUUACAGCUGGCAUGUCACUUAGCUUAAUUACAGCACACAGUGGCAUUUCAACUCAAGGAAUCUAAAAAAGCAAUAAAACGGGUUUUGCAAAUUGUUAGGAAGGCAAUGAAGACCUUGGAACUGCAAUUUAUGAAGCAUUGCUUUAAAUUAUUUUGCAUUCUCCUGCCAUGACUCUUAAGUUAUUAACCAGCAGCGUCAGAAAGCCAAGCAGGCCACGUGUCACAUAGAGGGUGUUACAUGUUUCCGAGCAUACACGGUGUGCUGGGGAGGUGGCUGGAGGCUCCAGGAGCUGCCUUGGGGUGGGAGGGGUUGUCUUUGUUCUGAGCAUGU